AUGCCAAAGGCGCGGAGUGCUGCUGCUGCCUCGAGGGGCCACGGCGGCGGCAGCCAGGGGGCCCAGCAGAGACGGCGGGCGGCGGACGUCUUCCUCCUGCUGCUGGCCCUGCGCAUCGCUAACGGCCUGCUUGUCCGGACGUUCUUCCAGCCAGACGAGUUCUUCCAGUCGCUCGAGCCCGCAUGGGGGAUUGCUUUUGGCCGGGACAGUGGCGCUUGGAUUACAUGGGAAUGGGAGCAUCAGCUGCGGUCGUCGAUUCACCCUUACCUCUUUGCGGCCGUCUACAAAGCCGUAGAUGCGGUGGCCAACGUGCUCCAGCUCUCCCCCUUACUACGGGGUGACCUCCUGAUAGCGGGGCCCAAGGUUGUUCAGGGCAUCAUCUCCGCCGUGGGGGACUAUUACACCUGGAAUUUGGGCAGGCGGAUAUACAAUGGCAGGCCGGAGAGCACUUGGAUCGUGAGACUUCCCCCUCCCCCCUCCCCCCUCCCCCCUUUUUUUGCCGUGCUUUACGGGAGGAUGUACAUUUUUAUUCUGACCGGGCGAGCAGCUAGGUUUGACGGUGUUGAGUCCCUGGCAGUGGUUCUGCUCUACUCGGACGUUAUCAAACUGCCUGGAGACCUCCCUUACCGUCACUGCCCUAUAUCUGUGGCCAUGGCAGUGGUCUCUCCCUGGCAGGUGGCCGCUGGUGACCACUAG